AUGGAAGUGGAGGGCAGACUGCCAGCCUGCAAUGACCCCCCGAGACCACCCUGUGAGGAUCGGGAAGAGCAUAUUGUCGGCAUAAGGGAGGCCAGGCAGGAGAAGCGGACUUUGAAGAGGAAGAAUUAUCAGAGAUACCCCAAGCCGCCCUACACCUACUUGGCUCUGAUUGCCAUGGCCAUUCUCAACUCUCCAGAGAAGCGUCUCAAGCUGUCUCAGAUCCUCCACGAUAUCAGUGUCAUGUUCCCGUUUUUCAAAGGGCAUUACAAGGGCUGGAAAGACUCUGUCAGACACAAUCUGUCUCUGAACAACUGUUUCAUAAAAGUGCUGAACGACCCCAAGAGACCGCAGGCCAAGGGCAACUACUGGACGGUGGACGUGAACCGCAUCCCCCCCGAGGCCAUGAAGCGGCAGAACACGGCCGUGUCCCGGCAGGACGGCACGGGCUUCGCGGCUGAUUUGACGCUGUACUUGCAGGAGGCGGCGGCGGCGGGUUCCACGAGCGGCGUCGCGCGCGGCCUCGCGGCGCUGCGAUUGGUCGCCAGGUCUCCCACGUGGUGCAGCACCGCGUGGCGCAGCCGCUCCUCCCGCUCGAGCGUCUCUUCGCUCGACGACGACGACGUCGCCGCCUCAGCGCCGGUCUCCCCCGCCAAGCGCCCGCGGCCAUCCUCCCCGCCGCCCCCCGAGCGCCGCCCUCUGCCCUGGGAGCUGCCCACCUCCUACACUAAAACCGCGCCGCCCAACGCGGUGGCCCCCUCCGGUGCCGGGCUGCCCCUCUCGGGCCUGCUGAGCUGCGGGGCCCGGCCGCCGGGCCUGCUGCUGUACUCCCCGUUCCUCGGCGCCCCCUGCUGGCCGCUCGUGGCCGCCCGGCCUCCCUCACCGCUGAGGCUGCCCGUCGUGGCCCCCGCCACGGCCCUGGACCUGGAGCGGAUGCUGCGGGCGGUGCCGCCCAACAAGAGCGUCUUCGACACCAUCGUCCACCAUCUGCUGCCCGCGGAGGCCGUCCUACAGGGCGGCCCCGUGCGGUACCCCGUCUUCCCUUUCCAUUACUAGGCGUCAAAGGCUUGGGGACCCCAGAGUGUGCGCGUAGGGG